AGGGUCCACAUAUAUAAAGCCGAAUAUAAGUUUAGACAAGCUAAGCGGUGGUAGCUAGGGUUUCAUUAGCUCCUUAUCAUUUUCUGAAACAGAAACCAUGACUGCUCAAACUCAAGAAGAACUCCUAGCUCAACAUCUCGAACAAGAAAAGCUCAACCCUGAUGAGCCUGUGGUCGAGGAUGAUGAUGAUGAUGAGGAUGAAGAUGAAGACGAGGAUAAUGACAAGGAUGAAGAGGAUGCUGAAGGGAAAGGAGAUGGUAGUGGUCGAUCAAAGCAGAGCAGGAGUGAAAAGAAGUCUCGCAAGGCAAUGUUGAAGCUUGGAAUGAAGCCAAUCCCUGGAGUCAGUCGUGUUACGGUUAAGAAAAGCAAAAAUAUUCUGUUUGUUAUCUCAAAACCAGAUGUUUUCAAGAGCCCAACAUCUGAAACAUACAUCGUUUUUGGGGAAGCAAAGAUUGAAGAUCUAAGUUCACAACUGCAGACUCAGGCUGCCGAGCAAUUCAAAGCACCUCCUCCUAAUUUGACUAGUGUUGCAUCAAAGCCUGAGUCAUCGACCAUGACCCAAGAUGAAGAAGAAGUAGAUGAGACUGGUGUGGAGCCAAAGGACAUUGAGUUGGUAAUGACACAAGCUGGGGUGUCAAGAUCAAGGGCAGUGAAAGCACUCAAAUCUGCAGAGGGUGACAUUGUUUCUGCCAUUAUGGAACUGACAAAUUGAUUGUCACUUUAAAUUAAAGAUGUUCUGCUUGCGGUCUUUCUUGAGGAUUCUUUUUUGGCAUUGUUACUCUUGAAUGGUUGAGGUCUCAGAUUUUGAAUAUUUUAAUAUUAAUCUGUGUCAUCUAGUUCUCCUUUCCUUGUGUAUCAGCAUAUGAUUCAAUCUGUUGGGGUUGCACUUAUGCUCCAUUUUGUUGUUUAGACAGAAUAUUAUGUGACAUCUUCCAUGCUUUUGGGAUCAUAUGCAAUGAGAUAUUAACGCAAUUAAUUGGAAA